GGCUGAGUGCUCCUGUCUGCCCUGCCGAGGGGCCGGCCAUGGACAAGCGAGGACGCUGUGCUGGAUAGAGGAACAGCCUGUGCUCUGCGCGUCUGACCCAGUAGCUAGCCGUCGUCCUCCCCAGACUUCCGUUGCGUCGGAGACUGCGUCACUGGACAGUGGAGACGCCCAGCACGCAGUUUCCAUGGCCUUGCCGCAGGGUGCCAACAGCUGCCAAUCGGCAGGCUUCAUCCUAGCCACCCUAGGAUGGAUCCUCACCAUCACUUCCAUGGGCCUCGUGGAGUGGCGAGUGUGGCACAUAGGGAACACCUCUCUCUCUCACUCCGGAGUGGUCUGUGUGGGAAUGUGGAAGGUGUGCAUUUACCACCAUGCCCUCAACGCCAGCAGAUCUACAUUGUGUUACCAUUACACCCAAGAGGAUACUUACAUCCCUUUGGAUAUUCGUAUUUGUCAAAAUCUCCUGUUGGUCGCCAGCAUCCUAGGUCUCAUGGGGAGAGUCUCCACCAUCUUUGCACUUAAAAACGUGUGCAUUGGAAGUGUUCAGAGGAAUGCCACCUGCGGUCCACUCGUCUCAGGAAUUCUGGACAUAGCUGCUGGCAUCUGUGUCUUGAUCCCUGUGAUCUGGAAUUACCACUCCGUGAUGAAUGAAGAGGGUAUUGCCUUCCCACCGUUUCUCUCUCUGCCCUUCAAGCCCAAUACCCAGGAGCUGGGCAGUGCCGUUUUGGUGGCAGGCCUGAGUGCCAUCAUGAUGCUGUCCAGCGGAUUAAUUUUCCUCUUUUACAGGUGCCCCAUAGCUCGCCAAGUGCAGCCUCAAACUUCAGAAAUGUAAACUCUUGGUUGCAUUGGCUUUCCAAAUUCAAGAUUACCAAGCAUUUGUGACGAGUUCUAGCGGGAUGCCCUAUCAAAUAUUUCCAACGAUUCUAGACCAUGCCAAGGGUAGUUGUGGGCAGAAAGUAGCCAACUAUUUCCAUCUGCUAUUUUCUAUGUCUUGGGUUCAUUAAAAGAAAAUUUCACUUAAAAAAAAUCUUCCCCACCUGUCGGUUGGUCUUACUGAGUCUGAAUUUCAAUUAUUGUCGAAAAAAUAAUCUAUACUAUAAACCUAGUGUAUGGACAUAAGAUUUUCUGUGAUUCUCACAUGUCCCUUUUUUUCAAGUUGGUUUUGUUGUUGUUGUUUAUUAAUUUAUUUUGAGAGAGAGAGAGCAUGUGAACAGGGGAGGGCCAGAGAGAGAGGAGAGAGAGAGAAUCCCAAGCAGGCUCCACACCGUCAGCACAGAGCCUGACUCGGGGCUCGAACCCACCAACCGGGAGAUUGUGACCUGAGCCGAAAUCAAGAGUUGGACGCCUAACCGACUGAACCACCCAGGCCCCCCUCCAGAGUAUUUUACUUUCUUUCUUUUUUUUUU